AUUCCGGCUAUCCAUUAGCUGGCGAAACUUUUAUGCUCUUUACAACGCUUCCAGAUAAGUUUGUGGGAAACCACCGUAAAUAGUGCGUAACCUUGUGGAUUGGGAUCUGGAAUGGCUGACAAAUGGGCUUUUGAUUCAGAUAUGACAUACUUUCAAGCUACCUUAUACGCCAUCCAACUGUAAUAGUUUCGACGAUUGAUGCAAACAAGUUCUUUUUGGAGCAAGAAGGCUCCAAGUUUUGCAAGGCGUCCAAGCUGAAGUCUAUGAGAAACACAUUGGGGCCGCACCAAGUGAACCAGGCAAACGAUGACUUGCAUCGGAGAUUUUACAAGCUAAUUCUCGCACACAUGGUACCGGAAGUUGUCAAACAGAAGGUUCAGAAGUUUGAUGAGAGUGCGCGCAGAUGGCCUGUCCGAAGGUGUGCGCACUGUGAUGAAAAGUUCACAUUUCUUGAGAUCGCGAGCUUGGUUUGCGACGAGGGAGUUGGAUCCACAAAACUUAACAACACAGACAAUUUUGAAUGACAUCAGGGCAUUGACGAAAGGCAUCGUCAGUCUUCCAGUAAACGUACCAUUCUGUGUUUACAGGUAUGCAAUUAAGGUUUUUUAUUCCGAGCACUUUGUUUCAGGCUAUCUUACUUUAAAACGAUUAUUUGUCAAAGACAAAGAGAUUCAGAAACUCCGCAUGCUGAUUUGCUGCAAACUCUUCUGGACUCCAGAGAGGAUGGAGGGCCUCUGUCAACCGACGAGGUUGUUGAUAAUUGUAUUGCGUGCCUGUCAUGAAGUUUCUGCAUGAGAAUCCAAGUGUAUUUGAAGAUCUCAAGGAUGAGCACAUACGGAUAACGAAGAGAAAGGACGGAGAUAAAAAUCUGACUUGGGAGGAUUGUCAUGACAUGCAUUUGACGUGGAUGGUUAUCCAGGAAUUAUCAAAUGUCCCUCCCGCCGUGAUCCGGGAGAUCGCAGAAGACGUUGUCUAUCAGGGCUACAGAUUUCCCAAGGGCUGGAAUAUGAUUCUAUUCAGCGCAACACAUCUAAACGAGAAGCACUUUCCAGAUCCUCAUAAGUUCGAUCCCAAGGUAUGUCUCAGGUUGCUCCCAAGCGCGGAAGCUAUACUCCAUUUGGAGCUGGGAGCCGGAGUUGUGCUGGGCGAGAGCUCUCGAAACUAGAGAUGCUCGUUUUCAUUCACAGGCUGGUCACAACUUACAAGUAAGCUUCCGUGUGUUUCUUCGUGUUCUUUAGAAAAUCUUUCUAUCACUUAAAUUUGAUAGAUGGGAGCCAAACGAGACAAGCAAAGAUGUGAGCUACCAUCGCAUCCAGUGCGUCUCUACAAGCUUUAGAAAUUCUAGAGUAUGGAUCGGACGGUCCUUAAUGUUUCGAAAUUGGACGGUGGAGAUUGUCCUCGUUACUGUGAAUCUAGCAAACGGCUGGGAUUUUCUCUCGUCAAAGAUUUAGGGCUUUUUGCUAGGAGCGCGAUGGACAGGGAGUGGGGGAGCAAGCCCGGGAGCGGUGGCGCGGCGUCGGCUCAGAAUGAGGCGAUCGAUAGGCGCGAGCGUCUCCGGCGCCUCGCCAUCGAGACGAUCGACCUGGGCAAGGACCCCUACUUCAUGCGCAAUCACUUGGGAAGCUACGAGUGUAAGCUUUGCUUGACGCUGCACAACAAUGAGGGGAACUACUUGGCACACACGCAAGGCAAGCGACACCAGACGAAUUUGGCCAAGCGCGCGGCUCGGGAUGCUAAAGAUCAGCCUAUUCAGCCACAGCCACUCAAGAGAAAGCUCAACCCACGCAAGACAGUUAAGAUUGGCCGGCCCGGUUACAAAGUCACGAAACAAUACGACGCAGAGACGCAACAACGCUCUCUACUCUUUCAGAUUGCUUAUCCGGAGAUCGAGGACAAUGCCAAGCCACGGUACCGCUUGAUGUCCUCGUUUGAGCAGAAGCUGGAACCGAACGAAAAGGAGUGGCAGUAUCUCCUCUUCGCGGCCGAGCCUUACGAGAUUAUCGCCUUCAAG